AUGGCAGCAGAACCCUUCACGCCCCUUAAGGGCCACUGCACAUGCAAGAUCACCACGUACGAAGUUCUUGCGCCCUUUCUCUGCACAAAUUGCUGUCACUGCACCUGUUGUCAACGCGAAUCCGGCGCCGCCUUCGCCAUAAACUGUAUCAUCGAAAGUUCAAACUUCCGUAUCACCUCUCAGACUAAACCUAUCAUCACCAACCUGCCCACGGCGUCUGGCAACGGGCAGAAGAUUGCUCGAUGCCCAAAUUGCUACGUAGUAAUUGCCUGCGAUUAUGGCGGUGAUUUCACGUGGACGACAUUUGUGAAGGGGGGUACCCUGGAUGAUAAAAGCAAAAAGAAAGUCAAGCCAGAAGUUCACAUAUAUACAACGACUAAAUUAGGUUGGAUCAACUUGACUAAUGAGAAGGAAAGGGGAAUACCGAUCCUGGAGGCGUCCUAUAAAGCGGCUCAGGUGUGGAGGAAGGAUGCGUUGGAGAGAUUUGAGGCGCUGAAACAAAAGAUGAAGAAAGCCGAGGAAGCGAGCAAAUAUCCAUGA